AUGUAUCAAGGAGACACAGUAUCCUUCCUUGCGGGCAAAGCGUACAAACCCCGAUCCAAGGUUUCGACAUCGUACUGGGUUAUGUUCAAUGCGCAUUAUCCCUUUGAACGGUUUAUCAGUUCCAAGGUAGGGAUAAGGAUCGAUCUGCUUCCAUCCGAUGCCGUCCUUCUCGUCGUAUUGACGUCUACACGGGAUCCAUAUCAAACAUGGCUCGUCUCUGUCAACUGGGAAGAAUAUGGCUCGUUUGUGUUCCGGAGAGGGUCUAUCGGACUGAAUAGCGAACUGUUUGCAGAGAAGGCUAUGUGA